UAGAAGCCCUUGUGUGAAGUCACAGGAAUCUGGCUCCAGGCCCCCAUGGACCGCGGGCUUCUUCAGCUCCUCAUGGGUCUGAGCUUUGGGCUGGGUCUGGCGCCCCGCGCUUACGCCUGCCUGCAGUGUGAGGCCCCUUUUCGACACGCCCUGGCCAAGGCCCGAAUGCGCCUCAUGGCCCAGAACUUCCGCAACGAGCGGCUGAGGGCCCGGGCCCAGGCCCUGCUGCUGGGCAUGGAAGGAGAAUUCUUUGCCAACUAUGCCACCCGAGCCUAUAUGGGGAGAGUGGGACUUGGUCAGCUCAUGCCAGUGGUGGCUCUAGCCCAGAGGAAGAUCCAAGAAAUGCAGGAGACCUACCUGACAGAUGGGCCACUGCUGGACCAGCUGGUGAGAGUCCGGGGGGAGCUGAUGAAGUCGCUGAAGAGGGCUCUGAAAGAGCAUCAGCAGAAAGCCUGCGACCCCAACGCUUGCCACCACCUGGGCAGCCAGGUCCUUGACUGUCUGCACUGUAGCCGCAUCUAUGCCCGGUGUCUGAAUCCGACCAUAUGCUUCGCGGACCGCCAGCCGCGUCUUGCCCUUCGCUACGAACUCCAGGGAAUCCCAGUGAGGGACCGGAUCCGGAAAGCCAGGAUCAUCGUGGUGUGCCUGGGACUCAUCACUUUCGGGGUCCUGGCAGUCACGGCCUACACCUACAGGAGUAACCGCCGGUUGCUGCGGGGAUACAGACACCUGGAGCAGGCUGCGGUCGAGUGACGUCAUCGCGCUGAGCGCCGCGUGAUUGGCCGAUUCCGGAGGGGGGCGGGGCGCGCGUGAGAUUUUUAAUAAAGAGUUGAUGAGA